UGAGCCUACCUGCCCCGGCGGCGGGCGGGGUGCGCGCGGGGCGGCGCCGGGCGGACAAGACGCACGCGGCGGGCGCGCGGGCUCCGGCGGCAUGUCAGUCAGCAGGAAGAACUGGGCCGCGCUGUCCAGCCUGGCCAGGCAGUGGACCCUGGAGGACGAGGAGGAACAGGAGCGAGAACGGCGGCGGCGACACCGGAACCUGAGCUCCACCGCGGAUGGCGAGGUGGCCCAGCCGGCCCAGGACGGAGACCCGGCGGCCCCGGCGAGACUGCCGAGCGUGGAGGAGAUGGAGGUCCCUCCGGGACCACCCCUAGACUCCGGAGGGGAGGCCGAGGACGUGCGGGCCGCCCUCAGGGCGCGGCAGGAGUGGAGGCAGAGGCAGCAGGAGGUGGAGGUGGAGGCCGUGCAGGCCCCCAUCCCAGAGCAGCUGGAGGCGGAGGAGGGGGACGGUGCGGGCACCGGGCAGGCCAGGCAGCUGCCCCUGGCGCCCGAGAAGGAGCUGGAGCUGCUGCCUCGCCGGAGGCUCAGCCGGGAGCAGCGGAGCUCCUGGGUCCGGGAGGAGGAGAGCCUGGCGGGCAGGGAGCCGGCGUGCAGCAGGCAGGGGGGCUCAGAGAAGCCCUCUGCCCCCGAGAAGACAUCAGCACCCGAAAAGAGCCUGGACUCCAAGGAAGUCUCCGCCUCCGAGAAGACCCCCAGUCCCGAGAAAGUGUCUGUGUCCCAGAAGAUCGCAGUGUUGGAGAAAAGAACCAUCUCGGGAAAGAGGUUGGUUCUGGAAAAAACAAGUGUCUUGGAGAAGCUGCCGUCCCCGGGGAAGACGUCGGACUCAGAAAAGAGACUGACGUCUGAGAAAGCAGCAGUCUUUGAGAAGACCCCGGCCCCUGAGACGCAGCUGGCCCCAGUGAGGGCGGCGGCCCCAGGGCAGCCCCAGGCCCGGGAGCAGCCAGCCUCUGCGGAGAGCCCGUCCGCCCCCAAGGGGCAGGGGCCGGCCGGCCCUGAGAAGGAACCCCCGUCCUCGGCGGGGCUGCGGGAGCGGGGCUCGCAGCGUCCGGCUGUGACUUGCCGCCUCCCACCCAUCACCCUCCAGAUGAAAAUCCCCAGCAAGGAGGAGGAGGCGGACGCACUCUCGCCCACCCAGGCCACCUACAGCAGCUCCCUGAAGCGCUCCAGCCCCAGGACCAUCUCCUUUCGGAUGAGCCCCCGGAGAGAGCGCUCAGAGGCGGCCUUAACCCGCAGCAUCAGCGUGAGGCUCCCGGGCAGCUCCUCCACACUCGGCCAGAAGCUGGAGAGAUACCGCUCCGCUGUGCAGAGAUCAGAGUCAGGCAGGUCUCCGGGCCCCCCCCGCGCUGAGCUCUCGGUGGCCCCCGUGGACGUCGCCGGCAAGCGCCAUCUCUUUGAGAGGGAGCUGGUGGGUCCGGGCCGAGAAGGACCAGCCUCCAGCCGGAAGCUCUCUUUGCAGGAGGACUGGCGGCUCUCGGGGGUUGUGACGUCAAGGCUCAACUUGUGGAUAGGCAGGACCCAGGCGUCAGGAGAUCAGGGCCCGCAGGAGGUGCAGAAAGAGUCGGUAUCUGCCAGGAGGGUCCCGUGCUGGACGAAAGCAGACUCCUCCCUGGAUGCCGAGGUGUGAGAAGCCUGGUCUCGAGGCUUAGCAGGCACGCCUCUGCCUCG